UUACUACAGACUUCUGAAAAUCUUCAGUUCAUUAAGUCGCGCGGUUUCAAUCGAGGAAGAACAUACAAAUAUUUUUACCUAUUAUAAUAUUUCGUUUACUCCCUUUUACGAGUGUGCUGAGCACAUAUUUUCUCAUAUAUUUCCGUGAUUCGAUUAUAUCGUUAUGACAGCUUCAAAAAAUCGGGAUUUCCCUCACUUUGUGGCCAUCCACAGGAUUAUGAAAUUGCCAGUGGUCUCAUCGGGCGUCAAUAAAGCGACGUGCGUCUACGUUAAAGUCAAAACGUCAAACAAAAUCAUCGAAUACAGUCUCGAUAACGCAGAAAAGACCGUAUUGAAUGUUGUCGACUUGUCCGUCCCAUUGGUAAUAAAAUUUGAAGAACCGAUCAACAGGAUUGAUGAUCUGAUGUGCAAGUCAUUGGAUGUGGUUGAACAUAACAUUCCGAUGGUCACUUACACUCCUGAAGAGAUCUAUUUCACAACCAAGACUUUUGUCAAGGCUAAAGUCGAACCGGUGCUGAAACGAGCGGAUUCUGUUAAGCAGCUUACCAUGUUGGAUGAUGCUUUGAGCGUAGCCGACAAGUACGUGGAUAAAUAUUUACCGGACAAGGAUCCAGGCGAGGAUGUCCCUGAUAAGACAAGUGUAGAACCGUCUAGUCAGACAGUGAAAACGAUUAGGCAUGUCAACCACUUUUCCAGGAAAUUGCAAAGACGUUUGACCCGCAGGACGAUCGCGGAGGCAAAAUUGCUAAAAAAACAAGGAUACGAUACCGUUCAAUGUUUCGUUUACUUCGCAGAUCUCUUGGCCAAAGACCCCAAAGCAUUCAUGGAGAAAAUGAAGGCUAUUUGGAAACAUUUGAGCGAGGACGAACCCGAAAAUCAAAAGCCACCAGCGAAUAUAGAACAACUCAUCGAAAUGUUAUCUAGGGAAGGCGCAAGGCGUUUUGUGCAUUUGACUAACUUUGCGGUCCAAAACAUAUACACGACACCCACGCACGCAAAACAAGCAUUUUCCUACGCUGUUCACGAGGCCGUAGUUUUAGCUGAUCAAUUCAUUAAGUACGCCCACUUGGAAAAUGUAAAAGGUAUGGUUGUAGACAUUACCAACGUUCAAUUGGCUAGAUACAAGAAAUUCAUAGAAGAACUGAGGAAAAUCAUACAGAAUUAUUUAUCUUCCUUGUCUCUUGUCAUCAAUGAGUCCAAUAAGAAAGAAGUGAAAAAAGGAGGUAAAAAUAACGUUUCAAAAAACGGUAACGAAAAUAAAAAAAAUACUUCUGUUCCGGCAGCCCAUUCAACGACGAUCGCCCGUAAUUAAUAAUUAAUUCACUUCAAUUCCAAUACAUAUUCUUUUAAGGAGUA